AGCAAGGAGCAAGGUAUAAACAUUGCAGACUUUCGUGGAGAGGAUAGCUUUAAAGCUCUAUCAUCGCGAAAGGAAAAGCUAUCGUGAAUGAUUCAAACGCCGACAUAAAUACAGUUAUUGACUUGGCGAGCAGGGAUUCAUCAGCUGAGAUAUCAAUAACGUUAUAUUCAAUGCCGCAAUAGAUGCUCAGCUGGGGUUUUAUUGAGUCAUGGAUCUCGGGGAUUUCGAAGUAGACAACUCGGUCAGCUGCCGCCUGACAUCUGAGAUCCCGGACAUCUGCAAAUCAGAGGACUGCUGUUUGGGUAUCGACGAGGCAGGGAGGGGGCCUGUAUUGGGGCCCAUGGUGUAUGGGAUCUGUUUCUGCCCCGUGUCCCGGAAGGAACAGCUCAAGGACCUGAAGGUUGCAGACUCAAAGACGCUGACGGAGGCGGAGAGGGAGAACCUCUUCCAGAACAUCAGCGAUGCCAAAGACUUUGUGGGCUGGGCUCUUCAGAUCCUCUCACCCAACACCAUAUCCACCAGCAUGCUGCAGAGGUCAAAAUACAACCUGAACGCUCUUUCACAUGAUGCAGCCAUCGGCCUGGUCCAGUUUGCCUUGGACAGCGGUGUGCAACUCAAAGAGGUGUUUGUGGACACGGUUGGUCCUGCUGAGAAGUAUGAGGAGAAGCUCUCCCAGCGCUUCCCGGGCCUGGAGGUGACGGUGCGCCCUAAAGCUGACUCCCUCUUCCCCAUCGUCAGCGCGGCCAGUAUCUGUGCCAAGGUGGCCAGAGACCAUGCAGUGAAAGGCUGGAGUUUCACAGAAGACCUGGGAGAGGUGGAUACGGACUGGGGCUCCGGUUACCCUGGCGACCCUAAAACCAAGGCGUGGCUGCUGAAGUACCAGGACCCAGUGUUUGGCUAUCCCCAGUUUGUGCGCUUCAGCUGGAGCACGGCAAAGAACCUGAUGGACAGCAAGGGCGCGGCGGUGUACUGGGACGAUGACGAGGAGGACGGGGAGAAGGCGGCCGCACGCCAGAAAAACACCUCCAUGUUGUCCUUCUGCAACCGUCCAACAGGAACUACUGCCCAGGGCGCCGCCCACCAAUCACAUCGCUUCUUCACUGAGAGGCGGCUGCAGGGCCUCGGAGCGCUCUGAGAGGCCGUCGCACUCUCUGUCCCUCUCUGUCCCUCUCUGUCUGUGUCUGAGUGUAGCCUUGGGCUCUUUCUUUCUAGAAUUUUCUCAUGCUCAUUUUUAUCUUUAAUCUGUCAUCCACGCGGCCUUCUUUCCAUAAACACAGAAAUGUUGCUUUGUAACAUCACAUGCUAAUAAACAGGCAGUUAGUUGGCCCCUGCACCAAUGUGGUGGACUAAAUCAGUUACCCAAUGUUUUGCUGGGAUUUUUCUAGCAAACGCUUUACUUGUCUUUGUAUUUUUGAUGUAUAAACAUUACUUUUUACAUUGUUA